UGUGAAACCGGAGCGCCAGGAAUCCACGGGACGAUGCCGAGACGGAAGGAUCGCGCGGGGCGGUCGCGCUAGCGUGCAUGCCACCGAACCAUGACGCUCCAUCGGUGACCGUAACCUCCUGCAACUAUUAGUGAACAUGCCAGGCGCGUCCCUGUGGCUGCUGCCGCCGGAAGCACAUCCGCUCAGUGCAGUGCUCACAGCUCUGAUCCAGCGGACAGCCUCACACUUCGGUUCCUCGGAUCUCUUCAUUCCGCACCUUACACUGACAUCGGACCUACCGCCCUCGACCUACGCCUCAGAACCGCAGCAAUGGCUCGACUCGCUGGACCUCCCCACCGGCGCCGUGCACAUAGAAUUCGCCAUGCUGGCCAGCGAGCCUGUCUACUUCCGCAAGCUAUACCUUAAGUGCGUGAAGACGGCCAGCCUGACCGCUCUCGCAACAGCAUGCAAGAAGCACGUCGCUGGCUAUGCAGACGGCGAGAUGGCGAGCACCUGGGCACACGACACAUUUAACCCUCACGUCAGCCUGUUGUACCAUGAUUGCCCGCAGGUCGACGCACAAGGACUUGCGGCGACGAGCACGCUCGCACAAGAGGAAGGUAUUGACUUUGUAGCGCGCCGCGGGCUGUCGUGGACGGGCGGCCGCGUUGUGCUCGUUGCAACCGACAAGCCAACAUCUGAGUGGGCACCCAUUGCCCAGAGAGUGGUCUGAUGCGUCAUCAGUCGAUAGUCCGGUGGUGAGUCUUUGUCCGGCAGAACGAGACGUGGUGUUUGGUUCCGGCAGCGUGCUACUGAGGCCUCUAGCCGGGUGAGGCAGCCGGUGCUCUUGAUGCGAGCGGCGUGAGGCUGCUGUGGCUGAGAAUAGUGGACCUUUUGGUGUCUAGAAGCUAGAGCGGGCUAGACGUCAUUGAGGGGUAGCUUUGAUUAGUGAUGGAGGGCAAACUCAAUUGUCCCGCGGACUUGGCCUUCAUGCUUUGGGAUUGAGUUUUGAUGCCUGAAUUGAGGGGGAAAUGUGAUGUGAAGUUCAUGAUAAACUGAUGCAUGACGCCUCAUAGCGCUUUGCAAUUUGCACGAAGGAGAGACAGUAUAAGAUCAGUACAUGUGGAAGGGGUGGGUGUGGAUUGGAAGAAGCAUUCGUGGAACGAUA